AUGACUCAUACGGCCAAGCUGUGCGUUGAGCGGCCGAGGAAGGUGGGCGCCAAGUGGACGAGCCAGAGCAUUGCAGCGGACGAGAAGAUCCAAUCGAUCGAACUCAACUACGAGGGCAAGCGCGACCGCUGGAACGGGUUUGAUGCCGCCACGUACAAGCGAACCAUGGACUCAUAUGACAUCCGGGCUGAGGCACGGAAAAAGUAUCAGAAGGAGCAGCAGCUGAAGAAGCUCGCUGGGAAGGCGGGGGAUGGGGAGGGAGGGGGGAAGGAGGGAGAGGGAGGGGAGGGGGGAGAGGAGGAAGAGGAGGAGGAGGAUGAUGCGAAGGUGGAUGAGAGUCGGCAGAUGGAUUUUGGGAAGGUGGAGAAGCGUGUGAGGACGACUGGUGGUGGCAGCACGGGUUCAGUGCGGUACGUGAUGGUGUGGGAAGAGGACCCCAACCCGGACGGGGACGCCAAGGACAAGUUCUACCUGGGAGACAACCACAACCGCAUCAGCGGGCAGGCCCUGGAGUUCCGGCAGCUCACGGUGCACGCGUGGGAGGCCAUGGAGAAGCGCAACGUGGACGUGCACCUGCAGGGCGCGCCCAGCCAGGCUGAGCUCACCGUUCACUCACACCCCCUUUUCCCCCCCUCCGUCUCCCCCCCUCCGUCCCUCCCCAGAAACCUGCGUAUCCGUGAGGACACAGCGAAAUACCUCCUGAAUCUGGACGUGGACUCGGCUUACUACGACCCAAAGACCCGCUCUAUGAGGGAAGACCCGAACCCCGAGGGCGACGCGAAAGAUAAAUUCUAUCUGGGAGACAACCACAACCGCAUCAGCGGGCAGGCUUUAGAGUUCCGGCAGCUCACGGUGCACGCAUGGGAGGCCAUGGAGAAGCGCAACGUGGACGUUCACCUGCAGGGCGCGCCUAGUCAAGCUGAGCUGCUGCACCGGGAGUUUAAGGUCAAAAAGGAGAAGCUGAAGGGCGCGAGUAAGGAGUCGGUGCUGGCAAAGUAUGGGAACGCGGCGAGUAACAAGGGGAGAGAGGAGGAGGAGAUUCCCGAGGAGCUGCUGCUGGGGCAGACGGAGGUGCAAGUGGAGUAUGACCGCGCGGGGCGGCCCCUCAGAGGAGUGGACAAGGCCGUACCGUGCAGCCGAUACGAGGAAGAUGUGUUGGUCAACAACCAUACAGCGGUGUGGGGCAGCUGGUGGAAUGGGGGCGUGUGGGGCUAUGCUUGCUGCCACCAAACCACGCGCAUGAGCUACUGCACUGGAGCCAGCGGCAUUGCUGCUGCUGAGGCGUCGGCAAAUCUGAUGCAGGCGAACAUGGAGAGGCGCGAGCAGAUGAAGGCAGAGAAAGAAGCAGCAGGUGGUGAGGGGGAGGAAGCGGAGGAGGGAGCGGGCAAGGCGACGCACACAGAGGAGAAGAAACCAGUGGCAUGGGGCACAGACGCGGAUAUGGAUCUGAAGCUGGAUAAGGAGAAGCUCAGAGCGGCCCUGAAGAGGGAGGAUGAACUUGCUCGGGAGGAGAAGGACGAGCGCAAGCGCAAGUACAAUGUCACGUAUUCCGACGAUGUGACGGAGGAGGCUAUGGAGGCGUACCGAAUGAAGCGAAUCCAUGCAGAUGACCCCAUGCUUGCUUUCUUAGGCAAGGAUGACGAAGAUGAUGCGUAG